AUGUGGCAGCAGCGUCAGGUGCUUUGCUCCCCGUUAUUGGUGUUGGGAAUGCCAAGGUUAAGGGAGCUAAUGGGGAGCUUGUGGGGCUUGGGAAUGUUCUGCUGGUUGAAGGCUUGUCUGCUAACCUUCUCUCUGUGCAACGACUGCAGAAGAGCAAGGCCGAAGUGACCUUUGGACCAACCAGCUGCCGUGCUAAGCCUGGGAAGAAGGUGCUGUGGAGUCUGGAAGAGGAGACCAGCUGCAUCAAGGACCUGUGGCAGCUGCCCAUCAUCCCAUGGAAUGGGAAGACUCCAACAGCAGCAACGGCAGCAGUGGCAAAGGCAACAGCAGGAGGAGAUGCAACUGCACCAACUGAUGGGGUGCUGGAAGCAGUCAAGAAAGUGCAGAAGCAGCAGACACAUGUGGAAGGCGAGUGAGGAUGAGGAGUUCGGGUCCCUGAUUGAAAACGAGACAUGGGACCUGUGUGACUUGCCUCCUGGAAAGAAGGCAAUCACUUCCAAGAUGAUCUACAGGCACAAGUAUGGACCUGAAGGGGAGCUGACCCGCUACAAGUCUAGGCUUGUGGCACGGGGUUUCAGCAGACAAAGGGGAAGGACUAUGAUGAGGUGUUUGCUCCUGUGGGGAAAGGAACAACACUGAGGGUGCUGUUAGCGAUAGCUGCACUCCUGGGAUGGAAGAUACGGCAGAUGGACAUUGUGACAAUGAGUCCGCUGUGAAGCUCGCCAAGAAUGCUUGUCUG